AUGCAAAAUAACAAUUUUUAUAAUGAUAAAACUAGUGCUAUAAAUACAGAUUACAGUCAUUCUGAUGAUGAAAAUUUUUCUUUUUCAAAUAUUAUGAAUAAAAAUAAUGUUGACAAAGUGGAAGAAAAAGAACACGAUGUCGAUGAUGAUGAAAAACAUAUUGAAAUUGAAAUCGACAAUAACAAACCACUUAUUCAACUAGAAACCCCUAAUGAUUCAUCAGCUUUUUCAUAUUAUGAAGAAUUUCAUUCUCGUGCUAUGCAACAACAUCAUCAACAACUACAACAACAACAACCGCAGCAGGUGCAGCAACAACACACAGAUAGUCAUGAUUCAUUACUUCAACCUGAUCAUCUUAUAAUGAAUCAUAUAAAUACAGCAGCAUCAUCAACCGAUGAUUUAUCAACAACAAAUCAAUUAUCAUCAUCCGUAUUUCAUUCAAAAGAUUCUGCACUUGGUUUAUCAGAUGAUAAUUUAAAUGGUUUACAAACAAAUCCACAUAUCAUUAAUGAUGAUGAUGACGAUAAUGAUAAUGAAGAUUAUAUUGAAACAAUGAAUACUCAACAAGAAAAUAAGUCAACAAAUUCAACACGUACAUCUAUGUCAUCAAUACAUGAUACACAUCUUGAUCCAAAUGAAUUAGCAUAUCGUCUAACACAAUUACAUUUACCGAAUACAUCCAGUCCACCGAAAAAAACUUUAGCUGAUGAAUUAGCUGAAUUAGGUGAACAACAUAAUCGUUUUGAAACUGAUUCCCUUGAUCAUUCUCCAUCAAUACAAGAUGACUCGCAGCAUAAUUAUCAACAACAAUUAGAAGAAAUUAUAGAAGAUGAUAGUUUUCAUUCCACUCCACAUACAUAUUCAACAACAACCCCACCACCAGGAACUACUGAACAUCUUACAACAAUUGCAAACAAUAUUCGUGAGCUUAAUCAGGAAAAAUCAACUUUAUCACGUCGUUCUACUGUUGAAGAUAUUCAUGCACCAAUAAAUAAUCAAUAUUCAAUAAUAACCCCACCACCAUUAACGACUGGACAUAUUACAAGAGUUGCAGAAGAUAUUCGUGAAAUUAAUCAAGCGAAAUCAACUUCAUCACUUCAUACUAUUGUUGAAGAUAUUCAUGCACAGACAAAUAAUCAAUAUUCAAUCCCAACACCACUAAGUACUGGACAUCUUACAACAAUUGCAAAAGAUAUUCGUGAACUUAAUCAGGAAAAAUCAACUUCAUCACGUCGUUCUACUGUUGACGAUAUUUAUGCACCAAUAAAUAAUCAAUAUUCAACAACAACUCCGACACCAUUAAGUACUGAACAUCUUACAAGAGUUGCAGAAGAUAUUCGUGAAAUUAAUCAAGCGAAAUCAACUUCAUCACGUCAUUCUAUUGUUGACGAUAUUUAUGCACAUACAAAUAAUCAAUAUUCAAGCCCAACACCACUAAGUACUGGACAUCUUACAACAAUUGCAAACAAUAUUCGUGAUAUUAAUCAAGCGAAAUCAACUUCAUCACUUCAUACUAUUGUUGAAGAUAUUCAUGCACAUACAAAUAAUCAAUAUUCAACCACAACACCACUAAGUACUGAACAUCUUACAACAAUUGCAAAAGAUAUUCGUCAAAUUAAUCAAGAAAAAUCAACUUCAUCACUUCGUACUAUUGUUGAAGAUAUUCAUGCACAGACAAAUAAUCAAUAUUUAACAAAAAUUGUUGAUUAUCAUUAUUCACCACCUAUCGCAAACUUACAAACAGUUAUGACUGACUUGCAUCAAACACCUAUAGGGAAAUUUAUUCCACGUCCACAACGACCAACACAUUUGGAACUUAAUCCUAACGAAGAAAUGGAAGAAAACGAACAAAUUUCAUCACCUACUCUUGUAAAUAAUGUUCCAGUAUCAUCAAAUAUUAUUUCUGAUCUUGAACAACAAUUAUCUUCUUAUAAAGUAAAAACACCUUCACCAUCACUUCCACUUUCACCAUCACCUCCACCUCUACCAUCACCAUCACCUCCAUCACUACCAAUAUCACAAAUAAUGCCAAGAAAAUCAAGUGAAACUUCUCUAAAUUCAACACGUUAUAAUACACAACGUAUUGAUAAAGUAUCAGAUUUAGAAAUUAUGAAACAAGGUAAAGGUUUUAAAAUUGGUUAUGUCGAUCGACAAGGUACAGAUCAACGUGUUAUAUUAACAAAACGUAUUGAAGCAGGACCUGAUGUUAUGGCAAGAGAUCCACAUGUUCGUUUACCAUAUAAAGGUAGAAAAAUUUUAAGUCAAGUUUAUAGUUCAAUAUUAUAUACAAAUGGUUAUAAUGCAAUACAAGAAGAUAAGAAAUUUGAACAUUCAUCUGAAGAUAUUGAAGUACCAAUAAUUGGCACUAACCCACAACAUUUUGAUGAGUCUGAUAUGAUAUCAAUUGAUAUCGAUGGUCCUUCAACUAUGUUAAAUUCAAUUUGUGAAUCAAUUGUUAUAACUCAAGGUUCCGUUUAUUCUAAUAAUGUUUCAAAACCCGUUGCAGAAAAACCAAUUACUCAUCCUAUACCAAAAAGUAUAUUCGAUAACACUCCUUCACAUUCAUCUUCAGCUGGUUUUCGUCAUGUUGUAAAAGAUUAUCAUGAAGAAUAUCUUUUUGAUCGUUCACAAACACCAACACCAGUCAAUAAAAAAGUUGAAGUUAUUGAUACAUGGAAAGAUCGUACAGUUAUUGAUGGUAGUAGUGCAACAUGGCGUAGUUCAUCAUUACCAUCACAUAAAGCAACAAAACGUACUGAUCAAUCGAAUGCAAUUGAACAAUUUAUUCCUUCUUACGAACCUAAUACAGUUCAAACGCGUAUAGCACCAUCACAUGAUGUUAAAUAUCGUACCAGUGAAGAAAUAGAUAUUCCAGAUGUAUUCGAUUGGAAUGAUAAAUCAAUGAAUACACCAAUAAAAUCUAGUAAAACAACACGUGAUAUUGCUUUAUCACCAAUAAUAGUCGAAAGACAUUAUCAUACAUCAAGUACAUCACCAAUUGAAAUGAUGCAUGAAAAAAUUGAUCGAUCAUCGCAAUAUAGUCCACAUGGACAACAUGAUUUUGGUUUACAAUGUCAUUUUGAAAAUUUAACAUCAUCAACUCAAGUAUCAUCAUAUGAUUUACCAAAUUUUUUGAUAACACAUGGUGGUACACAAACAAUCCAUGAUUCAAGUCAUUUAUUUGAUGACUCAGGUAUUCAUACUCAUCUACAUGCAAUUUCACCAUCGCUAUCAAUGGUAUCGUCAGAAAAUCAACAUACAAAUCAACCAUAUACAAUAUCAGGAACAGAUUAUAUUCAUAAAACAAAUGAACAACGUACUCCUACAUCAGCAUUAACUGUAACACAAUUUACAGAUGGACAUUAUUAUCUUCCUGCAAAUGAUAAUAAUAAUAAUAAUCAAUUAUCAAUCAAUAAUCGUUCAACAACACUUGAAAGAAGUGCUGAUUCAGGAAUUCUUGUUGAUGAACAAUCAUCACGUAAUCGUCAUACAAAAGCUAAUUUUGCUUUACAAGUUGAUAUCAAAGGUUCAUCAUCUGAUAGUGAAGAUAUUUCUGAAGUAGCACAACGUCCAAUUCAUCGAAAAAAAUCAUCAAACAAUGAUAAUAUUUAUGAACAUCGUAGUGAAUUAGUAAUAACAACUCGAAAUGCUUCAAUAAAUGAUAAACGUUAUCAACAAGCAAUGCUUUCCUCAGCUAAAGAAAUUGAACAACAAAUCAUACAAUUAAGACGAGAACGUGCACAUAUACUCGAACUUCUUUCAUUAAAUUGGAGUCGAUCCAAUAUUUGGGUAGAAUUAACAGAAGCGAAAUUAAAUUAUAUUAUUGGAGAAACAGACGCAUUACUACGUUCAUUAUCAUUUGAUGCUACCCCAGUAGAUAAUGAAAGAGUUAAAAUAAAAAUGCAUCAAUAUGAAGAAGAUAUGGCGGAAUUAACUCGACAACGUUUAGCUAUUUAUCGUGAACGUUUAGAAGAUUCGAAAAAACAACUUGAUAUGAAAAUUGAUGAAUUAGAAUUAAAAAAAUCAUCAAUUGGAUAUCAUACAUCACAUUAUUCAACUCUUGAAUAUACACCACGUGUUAAUAAUACGAAUAAACGUUCAAAAUCUUAUUUAAGUACAAGUGCAGAAAAUUUAUCUAAUAUGCCUGUACAAGAUUCAAUAUCGAGUCAUCCACAUCUUCUUGAUAUAUCAUUUUUAACAUCAGCACCAUCGAAUCAAAAUGCAGCUCUUCCACCACGUUAUCCUCGUUCACCGCGUUAUACACAACAACAAGAACCAUAUAGAACUGUUUAUCGUCCAACACCACGUUAUCCAACAACAAUCAAUCCGACAAAUACGGAAAAUCGUUAUGAUUAUCCACGUUUUCGAUCAACAUCAUAUGUAACACCAAGUAGUAAUUUAUCUAAUAUGCAAGGUUUAAGUAAAAGUCAACAAGCUAUAUUAGAUGAAACCGAUAGAUUAGUUAAAGAUUCCCAACAAUUUCAUAAUGAAUCCGCAUCACAAUUUGAACGUGCAAGAGAAAGUCUAUUAUCAAGUGAAACACCUAUACGAUUAGCACGAGCUAAUAUGGCUGCAUCUCGUCUUUCACCAAAUUCAGCUUAUCUACCAAAUGAUGUAACACUUGCAGAAUUAUUUAAAUAUGAACAGUCUUUAGCUAAAGAAACAGCGAAAAAUACUCGAACUUAUUCAUCAAUAUCGACAACUGCAGAAUCUUAG